CAGCUGUAUACAGAUUUAAUGUCUUGAAAUUAUUUAUGUUUUUAGGAUAUUUUGUCAUGGACAUUUCGGUUGUGGUUUAUUGAAAUAGUGCAUUGUAUUAUUUUAUUGAUCCGGUCUUUUUCAGAGUUUCAGCUGGAAUAUCAAUAGUAUUUAGUACUGUGCAUCAAACCGUUUAUCUGAUUUAGGAACUAUGUUACGUUUAGUGUCAGGAUAGCUGUAACAUGGCAUCGUUAGAAGAGGAUUUCCCACGCGGGGGGACUUCAAAGAAGACCGCUGGAAGCAAAUCGAUUGUCGAGCGCAUUGAAGUGGAUAACUUAUUCCAGAUACGUGAGCCAGAAGUAAAAAAACGAAAAUCGACAAAAGGUGACACAAAGGGUGCGAAGAAGCAAAAGACCAGCAAAGAGGGCUCGCUAAAGCUCAACACAGCAGAAGCCACAGAUAUCCUCAGUUUUAAGAACAUCAAAGUUGGGACCUUAUUUUUGGGAUGCGUGAAAGAGGUCACUGACUUCCAGGUGACUGUCAGUCUUCCAAAUGGUCUGAAAGGAUUUCUUCCUGUGGGCAACAUCUCGGCAUCCUUUACAAAGAUGCUCACCAGUCAGCUGGAGAUGGGAGACAGCCUGGAGGAGAUAUUCUCACUGCCCAGCCUUUUUCCUCCGGGAAGGUUGCUCCGGUGCAUUGUGUCUGGUCUGGAAGCCACUCAGAAGGGACAUACGAGCGUCAGGCUUUCUAUCGACCCAAAGGAGGUGAACAAAGGAUUCACCCCCGAAUCCCUGAAAGCCGGAAUGAUGCUCAACGGAUGUGUGGAGAGUAUUGAGGAUCAUGGUUUUCUCCUUGACAUUGGUGUGAGUGGAACCAAAGCUUUCUUGCCAAAGGGAAAGCAGGUGAAAGGCACUACGAAGCAGGGGGGGUUCAAGGUGGGCCAGCACGUGGACUGCGUUCUAAAGGAGGUUAAGAACGAGGGUCGCAUCGUCCUCCUCGCCGCCACCUCCUCCGCCGUCACCCAAUCCUGUGCCGAGACUCAGCACGGCUGGACUCUCCGGAAUCUUCUCCCGGGCCUGAUGGUCAAAGCGCAGGUUCAGAAGGUGGGCAAACAUGGGCUGUUUCUGGAAUUCCUCUCCUCAUUCUCGGGCACGGUGGACUUCCUGCACAUGGAUCGCGACAGAACUUCCAACUACAGUCCUGGACAGACUUUGAAGGCCUGUGUGCUGUACGUGGAGCCCUCCUCUCGGUCCGUGGGGCUGUCCCUACGCGAGCAUCUCCUCAGCCCAGGCCCGCUGUUGGAGCCCGUCACCAGCGACUCCAUUGGCAAGGUGUUUGAGGGCUGCAGGAUGACGUCCUUGCAUCCAGCCUCUGGGGCCAUUUUGGAGCUACCUGAGAAGAUGGUGGCCUUCGUGCAUAAGCAGCACCUGAAGGACAUUGGUGAGACCUUCACCCCUGACCAGGUCAUGGCCAAGUCGUCUCACACUUGCAGGAUUCUGGAUUUCAGCCCUCUGGAGCAGAUGCAUACAGCCACACUGCGCAGGGCCAUCAUAGACGAAAUGUUCCUCAGAUAUCAGGAUUUCCAACCUGGACAGUUGGUACAGGGCAGGGUGUCCUCUCUGCAAACCUUCGGGAUCAUCGUGGAGUUGACGGACUACAUCAAAGGGAUGGUGCCCAGGACCCACCUGGCCGAUGUAGUGCUCAAGAACCCAGAGAAGGUGUACAAAGUGGGGAACAAAGUCAAGUGUCGGGUGCUGUCAGUAGACCGCGUUUCACAGAAGUUGCUUUUGACUCGUAAGAAGACCCUACUGAGCUCCACCCUGCCCCUGAUCAGCAGCUACUCCGCCAUCCGAGUCGGCCAGGUGUCUCACGGCUGGAUCGUCAGCGUGCAGAACUUCGGCUGUAUCGUCCGCUUCUUUGGUGAAGUGAAGGGGCUGGUUCCCAUCGGAGAACUGAGCAGGGAGCGGGUGUCCGUCCCACAGAGCCUUUUCUACGUCGGCCAGGUCGUCAAAGCGAAAGUGCUGUCCUGUGAUCCAGCUCAGGAGAAACUGCUGCUGUCAUUCAAGGCUGUGGUGGAUAAGGAGAACCAGGCCACCCAGAAGUUAAGCUUUGAAACUGGAAAGGAAGUGGAGGCCAAGGUGUUCAGGAAGCACCUCGAAGGCCUGGAGGUUUCCAUCCUCCCUGAAGAUGCCCCUGCUUUCCUUCCCAUAGGCCAUCUGUCUGAUCACAUGUCCAACUGCUCUCUGUUUUGGGGGGCUUUGAAAGAGGGAGACACCCUCUCCAACGCAGUUAGCCUCGGGACCAACAAGUCCAACACCAUCCUGACCCAGAAGCCCCUCGUGAAAGCCGCCAUCACAAACGGCCAGGUAGCCAGAGAGUUCUCUGACAUCCAGGAGGGGAUGCAGCUCACGGGCUGGAUCAAGGACGUCAUGCCGUACGGGGUCUUCGUGGAGUUCCCCUACGGCCUCGUGGGCCUGGCGCCCAAAUCCGCUAUGAGUGACAAGUUUGUCAGCAACACCGAGAGUGUCUUCCAGAAAGGCCAGACGGUGGCCGCCAAGGUCACCGACAUGGACAAGGAGAAACGCAGGUUCCUCCUCUCCCUAAAAGUGUCGGAAGUCUGCUUUGAAGAGGGAGAUUCCCGGAGAAGGCUUGUUCAAGGCCUGCAGGAGAGGAACGCUGUGGCAGAAAUGGUGGCCGCCAAGGAUCCUGAGCUUCUCCAGUACCUUCGGCCCUUGGCAGUAGGACAGAAGCUGAAGCUGACGGUUGACGCAGUGAACGGCGACAAAAGUGCGACAUUCCUGAGAGAUGGACUUGGCGGAGUCAGCAUAGUCGCAACUCCGGACCAUCUGAGCGGUGAGAAAUUGACCUCGGGGCAGAAGGUGACGGCCGUUAUAAUCCACGUGGACCCCUGUGCAUCGAAGAUCUAUGUCUCUCUUGCGCCGCAGUUGUUGGGGAAGAGGAAGAAGCUUAACGCAGGUGCAAAGCUAUCAGCUACGGUGCAGUACGUGGAACGAGACUUUGCCGUCAUCUCAUUGGGCGGCAGCGGUCACCUGACCACAGUCCACACGACUGUUCAUUUGAACGACACGUUCCGCUUCGAGUCGGAGAAGAUGGCCGUGGGGCGGAGUCUGAACGUCACCGUCAAGGAGCCUUGCUGCGAAGACCUCGGAGGGCUUCCAUUGGUGUCGUGGACGUCCAUCUCGGCGUCCACUCCCAGCAGGGAAACGAAGGCGAUUCCCAGGAGUGCGGCAGUGCGUAGAAAGCACACUUACAAGAAGGGCGACGUGGUGACCGGCACAGUGAAGUCCGUGAAGCCCCUCUGUGCGUUCGUCAGCCUGCCCGGCGGCGUCCGAGCCAGCGUCCAUGUCUCUCAGAUCCAGGAGACUUUCAAAAAGGCACGAAGCUUCCCCACAGCCUCCUUGAAGAAGGGCAAGACGGUCACUGCUAGGGUCAUUGGAGAAAGGGAGUGUUCCGAUCACAAGCUUCUGCCAAUUUCCCACCCAGAGUCCAAGUUCACGGAACUUGAACUCACGUUACUCCCAAGCUUGCUGAAAGAUGAUGCCAAUCUUGAGGACAUCAAGACCUCCAAGACACUGAAGGCCUACCAGGCCGGGCAGGACCUCACCUGCUUCGUGUCUAAGUAUGACAUUCAGAAGAAACAGCUGAAGGUCAUCCUCACCCCCUCCGUUAGUGGGAGGGUGGACUUUCUGGCUAUGACCCUAGAUCGCCAAGUGGCCAAAUAUCCAGAGAGGAUGUUUAAAAUGGGCCAAGCUCUCCCAGCUAAAGUCGUCGGACUGGACAGCUCAAAGAAACGGCUUUCUCUGUCCCUUACAGGCGUGUACAGACUCACCCCCGGGACGGUCACUCUGGGAACAGUGCAGGAGCUGCUAGCGAACAGUGGCCUGGUCGUAUCGCUGCCCUUCGGCAGGUCGGGCUUCGUGUCGGUGGUGGACCUCACCGACUCCUACAGGCCGAAGCCCCUGGAGAGCUAUUGGGUCGGCAAAAUCGUCAGGUGCUGCGUCAUCGGAGAGGAGCCUGACCAUAUGCAGCUGUCUCUCCGUGCAUCCAGGAUGGAGCCUGAAACCACAGUUCCUGUGAAAGAUCCAGAGAUCUUAUCAAUCGGUGACCUAAAGAAAAGCAGACUUGUCCGCGGUUACGUCAAGCAUGUUGGAGUCCAGGGCGUCUUCAUAAGGUUAUCCAGGACUAUCACAGGAUUGGCCAGAUUUGAGCAUGUGACUAGCUAUCAUGUGACUGAUAAGGAUAUAUUUGCCAAGCACAUACAUCUACAUGCUCUGUACACCACCAAGGUGCUCAGAGUCAGGAAAAAAGAAGGUCAGGUUGAACUUUCUCUGCUGCCGGAAGACACCGGAAAACCAGACGUUCUCCCAGAAUCCCUUGCUCUGCCACUGAGAGAGAGAGGGCAGGAAAUCAAAACAAAAGAUUCAAAGAAACGAAAGAGGCUGCCGGGGGAGCCUCACAAACACGGGAAGAACGGGACCGUGGAGAGGGCUGGGGAAUCGGAGGAGGAUGACAGUGGGGUGGACGCCUACUUCCAGGAAGACGAGGAAGAGUCUUCUCCAAAAAAGCCCAAGAAGGCCCCGCAGCCCAUCAAGGCGGGCAAGCAGAGGCUUCAGGUAGAAGGUGGCUUCUCCUGGGACCUGGGCCUCAGCGCUCUGCGACCAGCCGUCAGCCAGAAGGGGGCCGACGGCAGCGAGGAGGAGGAGGAUGAGCAGACCCAGAAGAAAAGCCGUAAGGACAAGGAGGUAGAGAAGCAGCAGGCGGAGAAGGUUCUCUCCAAGUUGGAGAGCGAGCUGAUGGACCCCAGUCUGAGACCCGAGUCGGCGAGCAGCUUCGAGCGGCUGGUGCUCAGCUCCCCGAACAGCUCGUUGGUCUGGCUGCAGUACAUGGCCUUCCACCUGCAGGCCACGGAGAUCGAGCAGGCGCGCGCCGUGGCCGAGAGGGCCCUCAAGACGAUCUCCUUCAGGGAGGAGCAGGAGAAACUCAAUGUGUGGGUCGCCCUUCUUAACCUGGAGAACCUGUACGGCUCGCAGGAGAGCCUGCAGAAGGUGUUCGAGAGGGCGCUGCAGUACUGCGAGCCGCUGGCUGUCUACCAGCAGCUGGCCGACGUCUACGCCAAGUCUGACAAGCACAAGGAGGCGGAGGCGCUGUAUAAGAACAUGGUGAAACGAUUCCGCCAGGACAGGUCCGUGUGGCUGAGCUACGGCACAUUCCUCCUCAGACAGGGCCAGAACGAUGCUGCUCACUCUGUCCUCCAGAGGGCGCUCCGGAGUCUCCCAGACAAAGAGCAUGUGGACCUGAUAGUCAAGUUUGCUCAGCUGGAGUUCCAGUACGGAGAUGUGGAGCGGGCUAAGUCUAUGUUUGACAGAACCCUGAUGAGCUAUCCCAAGCGCACGGAUCUUUGGUCUGUCUACAUAGACCUGAUGAUCAGGCACGGCACCCAGAAGGAAGUCCGGGAUCUGUUUGACCGCGUGAUCCACCUGAGUGUGGCAGUCAAGAGGAUCAAGUUCUUUUUCAAGAGGUACCUGGAGUAUGAGAAGAAGAGUGGGACGGUGGAGAGCGUGCAGGCCGUGAAGGAGAAGGCCUUGCAGUACGUGGAGGCUAAGGGAGCCGAGGAAGCCAGCUAGGGACGGCCCGCCUGAACAUCACGGCCCGCCUGAACAUCACGGCCCGCCUGAACAUCACGGCCCGCCUGAACAUCACGGCCCGCCUGAACAUCACGGCCCGCCCUAAACUGACUCUCACGAAUGAGAUUCCCAACUCCUCCCAGCGUGCAAGUUUUGUCCCACCGAGCAGCAGCAUGUGCCCGUUUCCUGCUUCAGGGCUGUGUUGCGAUUGGCUGCUUGGAUGUAACAUCCCGCCUCCUGUUGAACGUCCUUUUUCUUCAGAGAAGCGUGGACCACACAUGCUUCAGCCUGAAUACAUGGACUGUCGUUAUCGGUCUAUUAAUAGAUUUUCCUUGAAAAGACACUUUGGUCAUUUUGAAGAGUUUUCUUCAGUUUUUGGCAUCUGUGAUAGUACUUUUCAGAUAAAUUAUGUAGUGUGAAUAAGAAAGUAUUGAUUUUUAACCUUCAAUACAGUUUUAACGCAAAACUUUUUUUUUCCCAGGGGGAAAAAAGAAAAAACCAAACCAAAUGUCACGAAAUACACUGUUGUCUUUAAUAACAUUUAUAAACUGAAGAUGGAUCCGACAUCCAUA